GUCGUGAGGUGAGGUUAUGCGUGUUUGUCUCCCGUAAAACAAUCAAGCUUCCUAUAUUAUUGUGGCCAGUUGAGGCCUGCAUGAAGAAGUAUUGAACUACAAGUGAACUUCGAUAACUUAUACUAUUAAUUUAUUUCCUUCGUUAAGGUAUAAUAGAAAUUAUAAGGACGUCUGUCGGGGCAGAACCUGUGCAUGGGAUGUCACUCCUAGCAGCAACAUGCACCGUGCUGGUCGUGUUCAGCCUGAUGGUCUGCACAGCCCAGCAGCACUUCAGACACCAAGUGCAGCUCGACAAGUACGGCAACUUUGUUAUGAAAUGGAACCCUGACAAAGACCACGUCGAAAUACAAGUCGAGGUGCGGACGCAAGGCUACGUGGGGAUCGGGUUCUCCCCCAGCGGAGGGAUGAGGGGAGCUGAUAUCAUCCUCGGCUGGGUAGACGAUGAUGGUCAACCUUACUUGUCGGAUCGUCACGGGACCGGCGACAAAACGCCCGUCGUGGACGCGUCGCAGGACGUGACGCUCAUGAGCGGCCGCCGCAACGCCACCCAUACGACGCUGCGCUUCAGCCGCCCCUGGGUGACCUGCGACGACCUGCACGACCUGCCCAUUACCUCGUCAACGAUGCGCGUGAUCUGGGCGUACGAUGACGCUGCAUCGCCAGGCCGUCGGGACGACGUCGCGCGUUUGCCUUACCACGACCACCGCGGCGUCGCCAGCCUCUACGUCGCCGGCGACGAGCGCGUCAACCUGCACGACGACGACCACGUGCGAACGUGGGAUGUUCUGGCACCCAACGUCUCGCUGCCCAACGACGUGGACACGCUCUACUGGUGCAAGCUCUACAAGGCGCCCAGGCUGGACCGCAAGCAUCAUUUUAUCGGCUACGAACCCUUGAUUGCCGCGCACGCCACGCACUUCGUACACCACAUGCUCCUGUAUGAAUGCCAUGCGCCUGAUGCCGACAGCUCGCACUACUUCGAGCAGUGGGUUGAUAAGUUAGGGACUCAGUGCUACGCCGCGAACAUGCCCGACUCCUGGAACGGCUGCAAUGUCCCGAUCAUAGUCUGGGCUGUGGGGGCGAAGGGCUUUUCGCUUCCCCCUGAAGCAGGUUUCCCUCUUGGGGAAGAGCAUAACGGGGCAACCUACUUUAUGCUGGAAAUUCACUAUGACAACCCACGCAUGGCACAAGACGUCGUCGACUCCUCUGGCGUGAGGUUGUUUUACACGCCGCGUCUCAGGACCUACGAUGCUGGAGUGGUACAGUUCGGACACAGCGUGGAGCCCUUCCAUAUCGUGCCUCCCCUGACCAUGUGGAACACUACGGCGCAUUGCCACUCUGAGUGUACUAGGCUG